AUGCUCCCGUCCAAGGCGUCGCGACGUCCGCUGAGCAAGCAAGAUGCGCGCCGCAGCUUUAUCGAGCUCACGCGCCAAGCCUCAAUGGGCCACACGUCAGCACCGACCACGGGCGGCGGCUGGCUCUCGAUCGACACGCCGCUCCACGAGAAGAGCACAGACAACGACGACGACGACGGCGACGAUCUGGGUAGCAGAGCGCGUUCCCAUGACCCACCGUCGCUCGGGAUGCGUGCAAAAAGCAACGUUCGCAUUGGCAGCUUGGACUUGUACGCAGCAUUCGCGGUCUUUGGCUACUACCUCGUGACGUUUGAGACGCUUGUGGUCUCCUUCAACACGGUGCUGGCCACGUCCGCGUACUAUUACAUCGACACGCACACGGACGCUGUCUUCAACUACAAUCUUUCGUGGACGCUCGUGACCUUUGCCAUCGUCUCGCCCAUCAUCAUGCAGACGCAGCAGGCGUACAACCGCCGCGAGAACGCGCUCUUGCUCGUGGCUGAAACCAAAGCCCUUAUGCUCAACGUGUACGUGGCCCACCACCAGUGGAUUGCGCCGGCCAAGCAAGCGUGCGUCCCGACGACGCUGCUUACACGCACGCGGCUGCUCGUCCGUGGCAUCAUGUACGACCUCUGCGAGCUCGUGAGUCUGCCCAAUGUCACGCGCGGGCGCCACCGGUUCACAUCUACUGGCGUCCGCGAGUCCCAAGCGCAACAGGCGCAGCAGCAAACGCUGCGAUCCCGCCUCGCCGUCGGCUUGGAGCAGCUCCACGGCCAAGUGCGCGAUCUGAAAUGCCAUGGGCUAUCGGAAGGCGAGGCGUCGCGUCUGUACCAGUACCUCUGGAUGAUCCACUCGCGCGUGCUGAGCUUGAUCAACAUCAAAAUGUACCGGACGCCGCAAGCGACGCGGUCGUUCACCAAGGUGCUCGUGCAUAUCCUGCCGUUCUUUUACGGUCCGUACUAUGUCAACGUGGCGUCGGGCGACGGGUCCAGCAACCGCACCAACUUUGCGUUCGCACUGGCGUUUGCGAUCUUGACGAGUCUCAUGAUGAUUGGCAUCCUCAACGCCCAAGAGGCCCUCGAAGACCCGUUCAGCGGGGAUGGCCUCGACGUCGUGCACAUGGAGAGCAUGUUUGAUCGGCUCGAAGAAGACAUGGCGGCCAUGAACGACGGCGCCAUCUAAGGCAUGCAUCCUAAAUCCAACGUAGUUCGAUGGGCG